CACACACACACACACACACACACACACACACACACACACACACACACACACACACACACACACACACACACACACACACACGCACACACAGACUGGAGCCUCCCGGCGGCUGGAUGAUGCCACGAUGGGGAGAGGUGUGGAACACCGUCGUGGACGAUUUUAGGAUAGGAUAUCACAACUAACGUCGACUAACCACCGACUUUCACGGAACAUGUCGCUACCUUUUGAGUGAAGACGACCAGCGUCACCUCCCUCAGCCGUCGUCUGCUCCCCCCCUCCCCGGUGAGGAGCCUCCUCCUCGGGCGGUCUUCGUGGAUCUCUCGCCGCGGUGCUCCUUGGCGGUCAUGUUGUAGUCCCCACCCCUCCAAAAAAAAAAAAAAAAAGCGAGUGUUUUGUUCUUUCUAUAUUUUUGUGGAGGUGUGGGGUGAAGUUCGGGCGAUGCUGUUAUGGCCACCUCCGGGGCUGCAAAGUGUGCGAAGAGUGAGAAGUUGGACGAAGCGCAGGCUUUGGCCAAAAGCUGCGCCGGUCGACCCGACUUCCUGCCUUGUGACGGACUCUCCAUCUGCGCCACACACAGCCAUGGGAAGUGCUUCAAGCUGCACUGGUGCUGCCACCUGGGAUGGUGCCAUUGCAAGUACGUGUACCAGCCCAUGACCAACGUGUGCCAGCUGCCCAGCACAGCGGUGCCCCCUGCUGACGCGGAGUACAGCGGCACCAUGGACCUGUCCGUCUCCCUGGCCGAGCGCUUCCUCAAGCUGGCGCCCUGCUUCCGCUCGCCGCCUCACCUGGAGUCGCCAAAGUACUGCGUCAUCGCUGACCUGUUUGUGGACGACUACGUGGUCAAACGCAUCAACGGCAAGAUGUGCUACGUGCAGCGACCCGUGCCAGCGCUACCUGAACCUCCUCAACCUGCUGCUCCUCUCAGACCUGCUCCAGCUACACCUCAGAGGCCUCGAAAUCCUCCUCAGCCACGGCCAACCGUCAAGCCUGCGCUGCCGGCCCGGCACACGCCGACGCCUCCAUCGGGCCGCCGGGUGCACAGUGAACAUAAACACCCCUCCCCACUGGACAAGGUAAAGGGGUCCAAAAUGGACCACUGCACCUCGCCGUCCAGCUCCGAGGACUCUGGCAUCAACGCGCUGGGUCUGCACUGUAUGGAGUCCUGUGAGGAAGAAAGUGAGGAGGAGGAGGAGAGGGAGGAGGAUGACGAGUUGAGCACGGAUGAAAACUCCAGUCCUGGCAGCCCGUGGGAUCGAGACGACAGCGCUGUCCUGUCUCCCUCCAAGUCUAUGAUCGAGAUCAUUGAAAAGAUCGAAACAACUGUCUAGCUAACCCGGCGCGACAUCGUGGCAUCAAGAACAGCGUCAAAGGAUUUCGUAGGACUUGGGAUGGUCUUCGUCUUCUUCUCCUGCAAGAGGUCACCUGCACUUCACACCUUCUACUCACGUUCCCUGCAUGGAGUCUAGUUCUACCACUACGGUCUACAAUACAGGACGCACAGAAAGGUGAAGCACAGCGUUCAGAGAGCACGCCAAACUGCACACCACGGAAAUGUAAAGGAGUGUAUUAUGGGUUAUACUUGUAUAGCUCUUUUCUACCUUUAAGGACACUAUUUCCACAUUCACCCAUUCACACACACAUUCACACACUGAUGGCGGGAUAUGCCACGCAAGGCCCUGACCACGAUCCAUCAGGAGCAAGGGUGAGGUGUCGUAAUCAAGGACACAACGGAUGUGACGAAGUUGGUAGUAGGUGGGGAUCGAACCAGGAACCCUCAGGUUGCUGGCACGGCCACUCUCCCAACUGCGCCACGCCGUCCCCCGUAUUCAUUAAUAUUAUUUUUGUUACAGAGAGGUGAAAAGAGGAGCAAGGUAUUGAUAUUCACUGCAGAGCCACACUGAAAAGAAAACGUAGCAUAAAACUACAUAAAUACAGACAGUCCCUUAUUUUACAAGAAUAAAAAGCGUUUUUUACCCAGGAAAAAAGAUGGAUUUUUUAAAAAAAAGGAUUAAGUAAGUCAUUUUAACAAGUAAAACUCACUAUUCCCACAUUUUCAAGACUUUUUGUUUCGCAGAAAUAGAAUUACUACCUGUUUCCUAUUACAACUUUUUUUCUGGUCAAAUUCAAAUGCUAUUCUCAAUGUUUUAUGACUCAUAACAGUGUAUUUUUUUUUCUUUCUUAACAUGACUUUGUUUCAUUAAUAUUAUUAUUUUUGUUAGAGAGGUGAAAAGAGGAGCAAGGUAUUGACAUUCACUGCAGAGCCACACUGAAAAGAAAACGUAGCAUAAAACUACAUAAAUACAGACAGUCCCUUAUUUUACAAGAAUAAAAAGCGUUUUUUACCCAGGAAAAAAGAUGGAUUUUUUAAAAAAAGGAUUAAGUAAGUCAUUUUAACAAGUAAAACUCACUAUUCCCACAUUUUCAAGACUUUUUCUUUCGCAGAAAUAGAAUGACUACCUGUUUCCUAUUACAACUUUUUUUCUUGUCAAAUUCAAAUGCUAUUCUCAAUGUUUUAUGACUCAUAACAGUGUAUUUUUUCUUCUUUCUUAACAUGACUUUGUUUCAUUAACAUGUUUGUUAUAGAGAGGUGAAAAGAGGAGCAAGGUAUUGAUAUUCACUGCAGAGCCACACUGAAAAGAAAACGUAGCAUAAAACUACAUAAAUAAGACAGUCCCUUAUUUUACAAGAAUACAAAUGUUUUUUUUUUAUCCAGGAAAAAAGAUGGAUAAAAAAAAAAAAAAAAAGGAUUAAGUAAGUCAUUUUAACAAGUAAAACUCACUAUUCCCACAUUCUCAAGACUUUUUUUUCCGCAGAAAUAGAAUUACUACCUGUUUCCUAUUACAACUUUUUUUCUGGUCAAAUUCAAAUGCUAUUCUCAAUGUUUUAUGACUCAUAACAGCAUAUUUUUUUUCUUUCUUAACAUGACUUUGUUUCAUUAAUAUUAUUAUUUUUGUUAGAGAGGUGAAAAGAGGAGCAAGGUAUUGACAUUCACUGCAGAGCCACACUGAAAAGAAAACGUAGCAUAAAACUACAUACAUACAGACAGUCCUUUAUUUUAACAAGAAUAAAAAGGAGUUUUUACCCAGGAAAAAAGAUGGAUUUAAAAAAAAAAGGAUUAAGUAAGUAAUUUUAACAAGUAAAACUCACUAUUCCCACCUUUUCAAAACUUUUUCUUUCGCAGAAAUAGAAUUACUACCUGUUUUGUUACGAUUGAGUUCAAGGGCGGACCCUGGGAUGCAGAGAAUGGAGGCAAGGUAUGCGAUAAAAAAAUGAAGAUAUUUAAUAAGUCCAAAAUGGUAACUAAGGGUGAUGGGGCAAAAGUGCACACCGUGGGAAAUAUAACAGAAGUAGUCUCUUUCAGAGGUCGGCAGAGCAAAGGCCAGGACGCACACAGCGUGGCAAAAUUAGUCCUCUCAAAACAAGGUGGCUAGGAAAACAAAAACACAACGAGGUCAAUAUUACAGGAAUAUGUGAAGGCAACAUACCAGGGAAGCAGAAUCAAGAUAGCACAUGUCAGAGCGGCGUUCAGGAACAAUAACCGGCAGGGACCAGCUGGUGGAGACGCGCUUAAAUGCUACCGGGAAGUGAUUAGCAGCAGGUGUGCCUCGUUGGGGACAAAAGACUGGGGAAAGAAACUGACAAACCAAUAGAGAAGGCAGGGAGAAGACAACAAACACAACAUGUUUCCUAUUACAACUUUUUUUUCUUGUCAAAUUCAAAUGCUAUUCUCAAUGUUUUAUGACUCAUAACAGCUUUUUUUUUUUCUUUCUUAACAUGACUUUGUUUCAUUAAUAUUAUUAUUAUUUUUGUUAUAGAGAGGUGAAAAGAGGAGCAAGGUAUUGAUAUUCACUGCAGAGCCACACUGAAAAGAAAACGUAGCAUAAAACUACAUACAUACAGACAGUCCCUUAUUUUACAAGAAUAAAAUGGGGUUUUUACCCAGGAAAAAAGAUGGAUUUAAAAAAAAAAGAAUUAAGUAAGUCAUUUUAACAAGUAAAACUCACUAUUCCCACAUUUUCAAGACUUUUUCUUUCCCAAAAAUAGAAUUACUACCUGUUUCCUAUUACAACUUUUUUUCUUGUCAAAUUCAAAUGCUAUUCUCAAUGUUUUAUGACUCAUAACAGCUUUUUUUUCUUUCUUUCUUAACAUGACUUUGUUUCAUUAAUAUUAUUUUUAUUUUUGUUAUAGAGAGGUGAAAAGAGGAGCAAGGUAUUGACAUUCACUGCAGAGCCACACUGAAAAGAAAACGUAGCAUAAAACUACAUACAUUCAGACAGUCCCUUAUUUUACAAGAAUAAAAUGGGGUUUUUACCCAGGAAAAAAGAUGGAUUUAAAAAAAAAGAAUUAAGUAAGUAAUUUUAACAAGUAAAACUCACUAUUCCCACAUUUUCAAGACUUUUUCUUUCCCAAAAAUAGAAUUACUACCUGUUUCCUAUUACAACUUUUUUUCUGGUCAAAUUCAAAUGCUAUUCUCAAUGUUUUAUGACUCAUAACAGCAUAUUUUUUUUCUUUCUUAACAUGACUUUGUUUCAUUAAUAUUAUUAUUUUUGUUAGAGAGGUGAAAAGAGGAGCAAGGUAUUGACAUUCACUGCAGAGCCACACUGAAAAGAAAACGUAGCAUAAAACUACAUACAUACAGACAGUCCUUUAUUUUAACAAGAAUAAAAAGGAGUUUUUACCCAGGAAAAAAGAUGGAUUUAAAAAAAAAGAAUGAAGUAAGUCAUUUUAACAAGUAAAACUCACUAUUCCCACAUUUUCAAGACUUUUUCUUUCCCAAAAAUAGAAUUACUACCUGUUUCCUAUUGCAACUUUUUUUUCUAGUCAAAUUCAAAUGCUAUUCUCAAUGUUUUAUGACUCAUAACAGUGUAUUUUUUCUUCUUUCUUAACAUGACUUUGUUUCAUUAACAUUUUUGUUAUAGAGAGGUGAAAAGAGGAGCAAGGUAUUGAUUUUCACUGCAGAGCCACACUGAAAAGAAAACGUAGCAUAAAACUACAUAAAUAAGACAGUCCCUUAUUUUACAAGAAUACAAAUGUUUUUUUUUUAAUCCAGGAAAAAAGAUGGAUAAAAAAAAAAAAAAAAAAAGGAUUAAGUAAGUCAUUUUAACAAGUAAAACUCACUAUUCCCACAUUUUCAAGACUUUUUCUUUCCCAAAAAUAGAAUUACUACCUGUUUCCUAUUACAACUUUUUUUCUGGUCAAAUUCAAAUGCUAUUCUCAAUGUUUUAUGACUCACAACAGCAUAUUUUUUUUCUUUCUUAACAUGACUUUGUUUCAUUAAUAUUAUUAUUUUUGUUAGAGAGGUGAAAAGAGGAGCAAGGUAUUGACAUUCACUGCAGAGCCACACUGAAAAGAAAACGUAGCAUAAAACUACAUACCGUACAUACAGACAGUCCUUAAUUUUAACAAGAAUAAAAAGGAGUUUUUACCCAGGAAAAAAGAUGGAUUUAAAAAAAAAGAAUUAAGUAAGUCCUUCUAACAAGUAAAACUCACUAUUCCCACAUUUUCAAGACUUUUUCUUUCCCAAAAAUAGAAUUACUACCUGUUUCCUAUUGCAACUUUUUUUUCUAGUCAAAUUCGAAUGCUAUUUUCAAUGUUUUAUGACUCAUAACAGCGUUUUUUUUUUCUUCUUAACAUGACUUUGUUUCGAAAAUCAUGACGUUUUUGUAACAUUACAACUUUUUUCUCAUCAUUCGACUGUGUUUCGUAAAAAAUAUUACCUUUUGUAACAUUAUGACUUUUUUCUAAACUUCUGACUUUUUCUUGUAAAAUCAUUACUCUUUUUUUUAAAUUUUAAACUUUACAAAUGUUUUGUCCUACCGCAUUUUGUUUCGUAGAUUUGAAACUGGGCAGCACGGUGGAACAGGGGUUAGUGCGUCUGCCUCACAAUACGAAGGUCCUGCGUUUGAUUCUGCGCUCGGGAUCUUUCUGUGUGGAGUUUGCAUGUUCUCCCCGUGACUGUGUGGGUUCCCUCCGGGUACUCCGGCUUCCUCCCACCUCCAAAGACAUGCACCUGGGGAUAGGUUGAUUGGCAACACUAAAUUGGCCCUAGUGUGUGAAUGUGAGUGUGAAUGUUGUCUGUCUAUCUGUGUUGGCAGCGUUGGAGAAUCAAAACUUUUUCGUGACAGUACCACAAUAAUCCCAACGUGGCUGCUUUGCAAAUAUUACUCUUUUUUUAACAGAACCACACUUUUACUCAGGUUCAAACACCGAACUAUCUAUUACACAAGACAAGAAGAAGGAAUCAGGCAGAGACAGAGUUAAAUUUUGCUCAUGAGGAGAAACGUGUGGUUCUGUACACUCAGUUACAGUUUCACCCUACAGUCCCACGUGCUCCUCUAUUUAUUCAGGAGUUCCCUAGUUAACAUCACUGAGGCUGCUUCUGAAGGGAGGGGUAAUGCAAGCAGCCCCAGUAGACACAAUACGGGAUUAUUCAGAAUGGAAAUGUGCUGACACACGUGAUUUCGCCCUGUCUCUGUUUUGUCUGCGUUGAGGUACUCGAUGUCCGUCCUUGGCUGUCAGCAGGCAGGGUCUGGAAACAAACUGCUGAUGCGAGGCAACUCGCAAUGGAAGAUUACAAGUUGUGUGCCUUUGCACAGAUAGAAAAGUACAACUUCAGCACAAUUGAUAAUAACUAUAGCAACGGCCUGUAAGCAUAAGAGUUGUGCGAUAACUUAUACAUAAUUAAUUAAUAUUUUCCCUUCAGAAAUGACACGUAUAUCCUCAAAGUCUUGCCUUUCUUCUGUAAUAUUUCCUCCUAACGCCUUGGAAAUGUGUAAUUGUAUUCUCGCCAGCAGUCUCAUUAUUUACUUUUCUUGUCAGUGUGGCUCUAAUUGUCCUCCAUUGAGAAGCUUGACUUAACCCCCACCCCCGGCAGUUGUUACAAUUGUGGCGACAAGCUUUCCAAGGAGUGCAAGUUUGGUUUCCUUGAUGAAAAUCAACAGUUUUGCUCGUCAUCCAGCUGUCAUAAGACGCCUUUGUGUUCAUUUCUUCUCGCAGCCCACACGGACAUAAAAAAAGUCCAUAUUGUAAUGCCAAGGCCAGCCACCUCUUAUAGGGGAAAAGUACACAAAGCCUUUGAAAGCAGUGUUGGUCUGCACUUUACUGACGCAGACACAGCAGUGGUUUAGGUCCGUGUUCGACAAUCAAGGAUUAAACACAAGCACAUUCCUACGCUGUGCCUGCCAGUGAGAAUGAUAAUCUUCUUCUUCAAAAAAAAAAUGGUUGUCUACUGUGCUCCCCAAGCCUUUAAUGGGUUUUGAACAAAGCGAGACUUGCAAUGACCUCCAUUAGCCACCAAGAAAUGAAACAGCAUGGGCGUGUCUCAGUGGGCCCUGCCAAGACCGAAGGACAGGACACUUCUGCAAACAUAGAAAGUUAGAUUGGGAAUUCAAAUACUGUAUGUUUAUAGAAAGAAUUGUAUGGCCUUGUCUUCUUUUGACCGUGGGAAUGGUACGCAGGCCAAGCUAGACUGGUGUGUCACGUUUCUUUUGUGCGUUCAAAGAGGAAUAGGAUUGUGAUUAUAGGCGGUUUCAAAUUAUUAUUCAAUCUAAUGGCAUCAAAAACGUAGUUUGCAUGUCUAUAUUUACCUGCAAAAUACCAAAUGGACUAAUUGUAGUGUUCAGAAUGUUCAAGGAGGAGAGGAUACAAGGCUUUUCUCGCAUUAACCUUUUACAGAACACAGUCCUCUUUAAAUGGACUUUCAUGUUUUAUGUUCUAUUGAUGCCUAUAUUAUUUUCUUAUGAAUAAAUACUAAUGAAACUGCA